GUUAUCAACACGUUUUUCGUAAUUUUUCAGAAUUAUUCUUCUCCUUAUCAAACCUAGCCCAUUAAUUUGUAUUAUUAAUUUAUAUUUAUUAUUAUAUAUAUAUUACCUAAUUACUAUUAAUGUAUUGCCUACGACAACGACUACACUAGUACACUAUACCAGUUACACUUCCACCGUGGUCUGUAAUCACGUAAAUGCCUUAUCCAGUAAAGUUAUCCAUCAAUCAUCACCUACCAGCCUGCCGCAACCCAAUUACAAUUCCGAUUUCCGACAGACGGCGUGUCGUACUGUCGUUACUCGACGUUUAGCGUUUAUACUUUAUUCUACUUUCACUGCACCGGACGGAUGGUUGCAGUAUUUGAAGAUAAUAUCAGCGUUCCUCGUUUUACAAUUCUACAGUUUCCAGAACAAGCGUUAAGUAUCCACACACGCUUUCCUGUGCACAUUUUGGCUAAGCGGCAUCCCAACAUGUCUAUAGCCGAAUUCUUGGAUGGUAUGCCAUCCUUUGACGAACGCAAUUUUUCCCGUUUCCAUUCAGACAAUGGUCGAAGCAAGCGUGUACCAGUUUACAUAACAACCGAUGACCAACCUUGCGACCAAAUUAUUGUUACUGACAAGUCAAAUUUAUUACUCCGGUAUUUACAUAACCAAUGGGAUAAAAAGCAUGGAGGUAAAAAAAGGGAAAUGGUUGAAACGGGCGAAGAAUCUGGCUCAUCAUCUAGAAAACGUCCAAGAGUAGAUGUACCUAUAUUGUAAAACUUUUUGCAAUAAAAUAAUUCCAAUGCAUAUAAGUUAUCUAAUGUUUUUGGACUAAAAUUCCUGAUUUGAUUGUUUUUAAGAGAAAUACAAUUUGCUAAUUUAAGGAUGUUUAGUCUAUAGACUAUUGCUUAAUGAAACUAUUUAGUAAUACACAUGGUAUUAUUUUGAAUGAUUUUUAUAGUUUGCAAUAAUAUUCAAUUUACAAAUAUUUCUUUUGAUAUUCACAACUUGUAUUGAUAAUAUUGUAUGUCUAAUAUUAAGUCAUUCAGUUGUUUAACCUUUUUAAAUUGUUUUCAUUAUAUUGUAUUUAUAAUAUAUGUUAAUUGUAUUUAAUGUGUAACUAAAUUAACAUUUAUUAUUUGUGUAACAAAAUUGUAUACUAAGAAUAUAAGUAACCCUUUCCAACAUUAUACUUUAUCGACAAUUUUAUGUUACAACUUACAAUACAACACUAUUGUUUAUUUAUGUUCCACCAUUAGUGUUAAAUAAUCUUAUAUGAAACAAAAUUCAAUACAUUUUUAUUUAUUUUGACAUGUCAUUUAAGUUUAUUAUAUCUUGGGGACCAGGUGUGGACUCCUAGUCAAAAUUAUACAUUCGUCUUCGGCUUA